UAGUACAGAUGGUUUAGGUACAAUGUUUUAUCUUCAAAACUUGACUAGUUCUCUCCCAGUAUAAUGGGACAUGAUCCUUUCAUGGGAACUCACAUCAUCAGAACAGUUCAAAGACAUAAAAUCAAUCUCUACAAGGCAAACUGCAGCUUCUGAUCAGACUGGGACAGAAGGAUGGCUGCAACAACAAGCUAGCAACAGUGAGAUUGGUGGCUUCACAUGGGACGGAUGGAGGGCAAGAUGGUGUGUACCAAUCCCAGUCCAAGAUAUUUACACUGAACAUCACCAAGCACCCCAUCAUGGCUGCCACCCCAGAGGAGUUGCUUGGCCUCAUCGAGCCUGCACCACCGAGCCCUUCAAUCUUCCUUGACCAUCCAUCAAUGACCCAUGAUGGCUCGGAGCCGCCUCAAGAUGAUCAAACCCUGGCAUACAUCUCACGCAUGCUCAUGGAGGAAGAUAUUGUCGACAAGUUCUUCUACCAGUACCCUGACCACUCGAAGCUCCUGCAGGCCGAGCAGCCAUUUGCACAGAUCCUCUCUGGCGCUGCCACCAACUCAUCCAAUGCCCAGGAAUCCUUGGCACCCGACGCGAUUGCCUCCACCAUGCUGCAUAGCAAAGGCCGCAACACGGACAUCAUGGUUUCCAGAUUCUUUUCUGGCGAGGUACAAGAUCCAACCUUCUUCGUGAACGGCACUUGUGUGGUGGAGCCCAACAGUAUGGUGUUCCCCAGCGAGGGUAGCGCCAGCAUUGACAUGGUAUCGAGCAUUGCAUUCUUCAAAGGCAUAGAGGAGGCCAACAUGUUCUUGCCUAGAGACAAUGGGGUGGCGGAUGAUAGAGGGCGUAAGCACAGGUUUGACAUGAGUGAUGAGACGGAGGCGGACUUGGGCAGGAGAAGCAAGCAAAUUGUGGUGCUGGUGCAUACUGACGCCGAGGAGGAAGCCACCGCGCUCGAGAAAUUGGACCGGCUCAUCCUCAACGGCUAUGACAUGUACCCCAAUGAGAUGCAGGAGGUAGUACGCCUCACUCUUGACAAGGAGAACAAGGCAGCACAGUUGAGCAUCUACAGGCGUGGGAGGCGCGGCGUGAGGCAGACAGCGGUGACUGACCUAGAAACGUUGUUGAUCCGUUGUGCAGAAGCAGUGGCCAGCAAUGACCAACGCAGCGGGCGUGACCUGCUGGAGCGGAUCAAGUGGCACUCCUCACCGACAGGGGACGCUAGGCAGCGGUUGGCCCAUUACUUCGCCCAGGCGUUGGAGGCACGGAUGGCAGGCACGGGGAGCCAGCUCUACCACGCGCUCAUGGGGAAGCGCACCUCUGUCGUGGAGCUCAUCAAGGGCUACCAUCUGUACAUGGCCGCCUGCUCUUUCCUGAAGGUGGCGUUGCUCUUUUCCAACAAGACCAUCUACAACGCCGUCGCAGGGAGGAGGAAACUGCACAUUGUGGACUAUGGCAUCAACACCGGGUUCCAGUGGCCGGAGUUGCUCCGAAUGCUGGCGGACAGGGAGGGUGGGCCUCCAGAAUUGAGGAUCACUGGCAUUAAUUACCCUCAGCCUGGUCUCCAUCCGGCUGAGCAAAUUGAGGAGGCAGGACGCCGGCUCAGCAAUUGCGCAAGCCAGUUUGGGGUGCCAUUCAAGUUCCGCGCCAUCGCAUCCAACCCUGAGGCUGUCCGGGUUGAGGACCUCCACAUUGAUCCUGAUGAGGUCCUUGUCGUGAACAGCGUAUUCUUUUUCAGGAUCGUGAUGGACGAGAGCAUCACAUUUGACAAGGUAAGCCCAAGGGACAUGGUGCUCAACACUAUCACGAUGAUGAAGCCGUCGGUUUUCAUCCAAUCCGUUGUCAACGGAUCAUACAGCGCGGCAUUCUUCAUGACGCGGUUCCGCGAGACGUUGUACUACUUCACAUCGUCCUUUGACGUGAUGGAGACCACCAUUCCUCGGGAUAAUGAGAAGAGACUGCUGGUGGAGCGGGAUAUUUUUGGACGAUCCGCUAUGAACAUGAUAGCCUGCGAAGGCACAGACCGGGUGGAGCGCCCUCAGAACUACAGGGAGUGGCAGGUGCGGAACCAGCGGGCAGGGCUGAGGCAGCUUCCGUUGGAUGCUGAUAUUGUUCUGAUGCUCAAGGACAUAGUGAAGAAAGAUUACCACAAACAUUUCACGAUCAACGAGGAUCAUCAGUGGCUUCUGCAGGGAUGGAAAGGUCGGGUCCUCUGCGCCAUCUCCACAUGGGCUGCUGAUGAUGCUAGUGGUUUUGAAGUGACAUAGGUAGAUAGGUUGAAGUACCAACGGGUAUACAUUUCAUCUGUUGUUUGUCAUGUAUGGUACAGUAAGUUUAAUCAGUGUUUCAUCUGUAUCUGUCAGUUGCAUCAGAUGCGUGUUUCUCCGUUUUUGUAUUUGUAACUGAUUCAAAGAAACCUUGGCCAUGUUGGAUAUGUUUCUCAGAGUGGACGAGCACACAAACAUCUGCUUGCCUGCAAAAUUGCCACUGCAUUAUGAGAGAUGAAAUUAUUAUAGAUGAGCAACCCCUACAUUAGAACUUCGGUCUGCUGUUGGUGGCACAUUUUUCUUCUGUUUUCUCCAAUCAGUCAUGACAUGGUAUAUAGUGCGCUUGAAA